AUGCUUCAUCGUCGACUUUGGGGUCAACGGCCCAAGACGCUGCUGAGCGCGCAAACCCGCCGCUAUCUUUCACAGAUAGAUGCGACAUCCACCCGCCGACUGAACCUCCCCAUCAACUUCGGUACUACCCCGCUGCUCCAUCAUACCCGAGAAUCUCUCUUGAAGGCACCCGGGCUACCUGGCGAUGGCCCAUCGAGGCGAUUGAACCUCUUCCAGUCGGUAAACUCGGCGCUACAAACGGCACUGGCAGCGUCGAAUCGCGUGCUCUGUUUCGGCGAGGAUGUCGCCUUCGGUGGCGUCUUUCGCUGUACUUCAGGUCUGCAGGAGGAAUUCGGCAGCAAAAGGGUGUUCAACACACCUCUCACGGAGCAAGGAAUAGUCGGGACUGCAAUUGGAGCUGCUGCCGAGGGCAUGAAGCCCGUGGUCGAGAUUCAAUUCGCUGAUUAUGUUUUCCCCGCCUUUGAUCAAAUAGUCAACGAGGCGUGCAAGUUCCGGUACCGCGAAGGAAUGACGGGAGGGAACCUCGGGGGCAUGGUUAUUCGAAUGCCCACUGGCGGAGUUGGCCACGGUGCGCUGUACCAUACACAGUCGCCAGAGGCCCUUUUCUGCCACGUCCCAGGAUUUGUUGUCGUUGUGCCGCGCUCUCCAUCGCAAGCAAAAGGACUGCUUCUUUCUGCCAUCCUCGAGUCGAAAGAUCCUGUCAUAUUUAUGGAGCCCAAGAUCCUGUACCGUGCUGCCGUCGAGGAAGUUCCCGACGGACUCUACACCUUGCCACUGAGAAGCGCAGAAGUGGUAAAGUCCGGCGCAGACUUGACAAUUAUUUCAUACGGUCGACCCCUCUACACUUGCGCCAACGCAAUCGAGCUUGUCGAAAAGGAUUGUCCUGGGGUGAGCAUUGAGAUGAUUGACCUGAGAACCAUUUUCCCUUGGGAUAGGGAGACCGUUAUAAAAAGUGUGAUGAAGACGGGUAGGGCCAUUGUUGUUCAUGAGAGCAUGGUCAACUUUGGAGUCGGCGCUGAAGUAGCAGCAACCAUCCAGGAGGCUGCCUUCCCAUAUCUCAAGUCACCCAUCAAGAGAAUCGCCGGCUGGACGACCCAUACUGGCCUCUCGUAUGAGAAAUACAUCUUCCCUGAUGUAGCAAGAGUCUAUGAUGCCAUUUUGGAAAGCUUAGAGUACUGA